AUGUCAGACAAUCUAGAGCUAUGGUUGAGAGGGCACGAGAGUUUGCCAGGCAAUGUCUUGUCGGCGGACAGCGGUGCGGUAACGGACUCACGUGAUCACAGAGCCCGAAUCCCUGGUGCAGGCUCACACGAAGGCAGUUGCCGGGAGUGCUCCGUCUCGCAGCUUCCGGUCGCGCCGAAUGCCACCUUGGCCAACCGCCAGGAUGCCGUGCCGGCUUGCAAAACUCCGCAGCAGUUUCCGGAGGACAGCUUCCGGCCAUGCCGUGAUCUGUUCCACGGGGUGUCGACGUAUGGAGUACACUCGAAGCUGGAUGAGAGCCGUGUUGGUAGCAAUCGAUACAACCGCAGCAGCAGGCCGCACUCGUCGAACGUCGCGGUCACGUGCGCGUACGACCACUCGGCGGCCGGCGGUCGCGCGAAGCUCGUGCCGCCGUCACCGCGUGCCGGACACUUCACGUCGCUGUACGGCGCCGCAAAAGUCGCCGUCGACGCACAGACUCUGCAACGAACGACGCAGUCCCGGCAGGCGUACGGUGCUAACAAACCAGACAGGGACUGUGAGCAAGGCAGCCUUCAGUCAUCGCAGUGUCCUGGCAUCUGUGAGAAGCUGCGCACGUGCGAGGCGUGCACGGUGCUGGGACGCGGCGUGCAGAUGGCGACGCCCUCCGUUGCCGAGGCAACGCAGGUGUCGCCGUGUCAGUGGUGGGGCCCGCGGCAGAUGUGCUACUCCAUCGGUAACAUGUACAGACGGAGGCACAGUACGCUGGCGUGGUGGGGCAACCAGACGACCCUCACUUCACUGCAGCAGUGCCGCACUAAAGACCAGUGGAGUGGACUGACGAAGCUACAGUACAGGCACCCGGCCAACUACAGUCAACCAGACUACGUGGAAAAUAUUCCCGAGUCGCAGCUGGAGUUCAAGCAGAGUUCGGAACCAGGGGGCGCCCCCAAACGGGAACUCCUCAUCGGAAAAUACUUCACGAUCAUGCUCAGGGGAUUCAUCCACACAUCAGCCCUGUCUCUGUCGGACCGGUACGAUCACAGCGUCUGGGUGUACAGCUCCUACACCAACGUCAUCGUCAACAUCAGCGCCAACGCUGCCGUCCAGGAGACCGUUUCGCGGACGGGCGCCAACAGGACGGAGAGCAUGUUUUGGCAGCAGGCCCACCACAUGAGCGGAUUGGCCGUGCUGCCCGGCGGUUCCCGUGACAACAAGCUCUACCUGAGUCUGCUGGCGUCGCAGCAGAUCCAUGAGGACCAGCAUCCGUCGAUGGUGAAGCUGGCGUGGGGCAGCAACAGGAAGGUGAGGACCGGUCUGUGCGUCGACGGCGACUUUGCGGCGCCGUACAGCGACGUGAAGUGUCCGCACGCGGUGAACGCGCGGCACGAGCUUCGCGCGACCGCCGCCGCCGAGUGGUCGUACGGCACGUGCCCGGACGUGGACGAGUGCGGCCUGCUGCUGCACGACUGCCACGACAACGCGACGUGCGUCAACACGCUCGACUCGUACGCGUGCCGCUGCGACCGCGGCUUCGUCGGCAACGGCCGCGACGUCUGCAACAAAACUUGCUAUGACGAGUGUGUGCACGGCGUCUGCUCGGGGGCGCCACUGUACGAGUGCAGCUGUCACCUGGGUUGGACCGGCGCCAACUGCACCGUCAACUGUGGCUGUCACAACCACAGCGUAUGUCCUCAAGGGCUGGGAAUAUGUGACAACUGUGAAGAGCAGACGUGGACCGAAGGCGAGCACUGCGAGUUCUGCAGGGAGGGCAGCUUCGGCAACGCGACGUCCGGCGGAGGCUGCGUCGAGUGUCGCUGCAACGGCCACGGCAACGCGUCGCUGGGCGUCUGCGACAGCGCGACGGGAAACUGCUACUGCGUCGAUAACACGGAGAGAUGUUGCAUUGCUGAUGUUAUCUCAUGUUGCGCAUUGCAGGAGACCGUUUCGCGGACGGGCGCCAACAGGACGGAGAGCAUGUUUUGGCAGCAGGCCCACCACAUGAGCGGAUUGGCCGUGCUGCCCGGCGGUUCCCGUGACAACAAGCUCUACCUGAGUCUGCUGGCGUCGCAGCAGAUCCAUGAGGACCAGCAUCCGUCGAUGGUGAAGCUGGCGUGGGGUAGCAACAGGAAGGUGUUUGAGCGGCUGGCGUUGCAGCCGUGGGCGGGAGAGCCCAGCCAGUGCAUGCUCUACGCUAACUGCCUCGUGUGCAUUGCCGACGGCUCCUGCGGCUGGUGUCACAGCACCCGCUCCUGCGUGGCACGAGAGGGCGCCGCCGUCUGCAUGGUUGGCGACGAGGAGAGCCACCUGGUGUACAUUGUCAGCGAAUGCCCGCUGUGCUCGGACCAUGUCAACUGCCGAGCGUGCGUCGAGAACGGCGAGUGCGAGUGGCUGCUGAAGACGAACGUGACGAACGUGAGCUGCGUGCGUCGCGGCCGCUUCGACGUGGCGACGCGCGACGCCGCACGCUGCUCGCUGCCGUGCUCGCACUACGACAGCUGCGCGGCGUGCACGUCGCUGCGCAACGAGUGCGCGUGGUGCGAGUCGACCCGCACCUGCUUCCCAUUCCACACCUACCUGGCGUCGUAUGGCUUUGAAAACUGUAGGCAUGCGCGCAGCGGCUACCUGACCGUGUACGCGACCGAGAACUGGAACCUGACGCGGCAGCGAUUCACGGCCAUCUUCCAGAUUCACGCAUGCCCGGGAAGCUGCUCUGGAAACUGGGAGUGCAAGCCAGACGGAUCCUGCGGUUGCCGGGAUGGCUUCGGCGGACCUGACUGCGAGACGGAGCACUGUCCCGGCAACUGCUCGUGGAGGCUGCACCAGGGAUUCUGUGAUCACAUGCUCAACCGGUGCGUGUGCGACGAGGGCUUCUCGGGCGGAGCGUGCGACGUCGCCACGGCGCCGCAUCACGCCGCGUUCACGCCGCUGCGAGCCGCCGCCGCCGCCGCCAGGUACUGCGUUACGGUUACCGUGACGAUUCCUCCGCGCAUCUGGGGAGACGGCCUGCCUCACGGUUACCGUGACGACGACGUCCCGUGUGUGUCGUUGCAGACGGAGUUUGUUCUGGGGGAGGGUAUCGGCGACAAGACGCAGUCGACGCUCGGCUCGGUGCCGCCGCUCGCCGGCCACACCCUCACCUACGUCGGCGACUCCACGCUCGUGCUGCUGGGCGGCUACGCGGCCGCGGACCCCGGGCCGGGUGGCUUCUCCGGCAGGGUGUACCGCUGCGUGAUGCCGGCGCCUGUGCGGCAGCGCUGGUCGCGCCUGCAGACGCACGGCGUCGCGCCGAUCGGUCUGUACGGACACAGCGCCGUCUACCACCCGCCCUCCGGCGCCCUCUACGUGUUUGGCGGCUACGAGUACUACAUCAACCGGACGAGCAUCUCUGCGAAGCUGUACGCGCUCGAUCUGCUCACGCUCGCCUGGCAGCUGCUGGCGCCCAUCGGCAGCGUGCCCGUGCCGCGCUUCUUCCACGCCGCCGUCACGACGAACGACUUCAUGCUCGUCGCCGGCGGUCGCACGGCGAAGAGGGAGUUCGACAACGUGCUCGUCAUCUACAGAUGCAGGAUUAUCUAUGCCUUACACAUUCCCACGUUGAUGCCAUAA